CAUGAGGCCAAUAUUCGCCAUGUGGGCAAGCACAGCACGCGUAUACAGGCUGUGAUCAGGCGCACAAAUAUAUUGAUAAAUACAUUGUAGAGAUCGCGAAGUGCGGAUACUCGCGGUUCGCGUAUAGUGCUCAGUGCCCGUGUGUGUUGUGCAAAACGUUAUGUGCGUGUGAUUGUGUUUUUUUGGAGGUAUUCACGGCCACAUGUAAAUAUUUUCGUGGCUACAUCGGAAAUACAUAGUGAUUGAAAAUGGAGGAAGAAAACGGUGUGAACCAGGCGCAAGCGCAUAACUUACUGGGACAAAAGACACAGGUACCGCCGCGACGGAAAGACAACGCUCUUACCAGGACAUUACGGUCAUGCUGCGUCAUUCCCCAAAGAUACAUCCUAGGAGUGAUGGGACUCCUAGGAGUAUGCAACGCCUACACCAUGCGAGUGUGUUUGAACCUCGCUAUCACACAAAUGGUGAACCGAACCAAGUCAAGCGGUGAACAUUUCGAUCCUGAUGCAUGCCCUAGCGAUGAAAUUGGUGGAGUCAAUGCUACUGUGGCUUUACGACCCUAUGCGACAUUUGACUGGGACGAAAAAACGCAAGGGCUUAUUCUAAGCGGCUUCUAUUAUGGGUACGCGGCUACCCAAGUUCCCGGGGGUUACUUGGCUGAGAAGUUUGGAGGUAAAUGGACACUGGGCGUGGGUCUCCUGAGCACUGCGCUUUUCACCUUCUUGACACCGAUUGUUAUACGAGCUGGUGGUGCUACAUGGCUUUUUAUUUUGCGAGUGCUUCAAGGGAUGGGAGAGGGUCCGACAAUGCCGGCCCUAAUGAUAAUGUUGGCUAGAUGGGUUCCGCCACACGAGAGAGGCUUCCAAGGCGCGUUGGUAUUCGGUGGAGCGCAAAUUGGAAAUAUUUUCGGCUCAUUUAUGUCCGGGAUUUUGCUCGCCGACGGCAGAGACUGGGCUUACGUAUUUUAUUUCUUUGGCGGCUUCGGAAUACUUUGGUUCACUUUGUGGAGUCUACUAUGUUACUCAACGCCAAACUCACAUCCGUACAUAUCAAAGAAGGAGUUAAGCUAUCUAAACAAGAAUGUAACAACAGCAGAAACGAGCAACGCGAAGGAUCCAGUCCCCUGGAAGGCUAUACUACGAUCUGUGCCCGCUUGGGCGCUUGUGUGGGCCGCUGUUGGCCACGACUGGGGCUAUUACACAAUGGUGACAGAUUUGCCCAAGUACUCGCAUGAUGUACUUAAAUUCAAUAUCGCGACCACCGGUGUGCUCACUGCCUUACCAUAUAUUGCUAUGUGGGUGUCCUCUUUCAUAUUCGGCUUCGUUUGCGACUUGUGUAUCAAGAAAGGCUGGCAUACCAUCAAGACUGGAAGGAUUAUUCAUACGACAAUUGCUGCCACUGGCCCUGCCAUUUGUAUCAUCUUAGCGUCAUACGCUGGCUGCGACAGAGUUGCUGCUAUGGUAUACUUUGUGCUCUCUAUGGCACUUAUGGGUGGAUUUUACAGUGGUAUGAAGGUAAACGCCUUGGAUUUAGCACCAAACUACGCGGGGUCACUGACAUCUCUCGUCAACACAACCUCGACAUUCGCCGGGAUCAUUACACCGUACCUUAUUGGAUUGUUGACUCCAGAUUCAACCCUCGUACAAUGGCGAACAGCGUUCUGGGUAUGCUUCACCGUCCUAGUUGGUACCAACGUGGUGUACUGCAUUUGGGCUGAUGGUGAGCAGCAGUGGUGGGAUGACGUCAGGAAGUUCGGAUACCCAGCAGACUGGAAGCAUGGCUCUAUCCUACGUGAUGACGUCAUGAUCGAACAGCCAGAGACUGUUAAACUAUCUAGCAAAAAGAAUACUGAUGAUGAUGAUGAUUGAAUGGUAUAUUAAUAAAUGACUGUCGCGUGUGAUUGAUGGUGCAUAAUAUUAUAUGGUUUUAAUGUUAUAUGCUUGACAAUAAAUAGGAAUGUAAUAAUACCUGCGACAAGAAAAAAAACAAUUAUUAUUAUAUAAUGACAAAUAAAGGUUCUCCAGACAAUUAAGUAUAAAAAAUAUACCGUAUUUUUUGUUUGAGUGCAUUUAAUCGAAUUGUAAAAAUAUGGAUGCAAUUUAUGUGUAAUCAACGUUAUAUUUUGUUAAUGGUUCAUGCAUGAGUACUAUAUUUAAAUAUAAUAUAUGUUUAUAUAGAACAUAUUGUUAUGCUAGUUUAAGUAAAAUAAAGACAGAACUAAUUAAGAGAGUUGUUGAUAGUAAUUUUAUAUGAUUGUACUGUAUAUUCUUAGAAUAAUAAUGUUUACUUAAAUAUAAAUACACAGAACUACAAAAAUGUUUAUGUACUAUGAUACUAUCAGUUUUUAGGUUGUGUUUCAUGAUACAUUUGUAUCUUUUGCUAUAUUAUUGUUGUUCGAUAUUUAUCUAAAUAAGGUGCCAUUUUGAAGAAAUAUCUCAGUGAUUUUAUACAAUUUAAGACGAAUAACAACCAGAUAACCUAGUCAGUUAAUUUCGAUAGCUUGUGUAUCAGCCAUAAGUAAUAUGGAGUACAAAUUAUGAUAAUGUGUCUUUUAUGUUAUAAAUGUUCAUUUUACUUAUGUAAUACUCAAUAAAUAAAUUGUGUUCAAUAUUA